CGCCGGUAUGUUUUCUGUGUGAAAAUUAGUUUCUGAGAAUCGGUUUUAGAACAUGGGGCUUCUCACAGACCCGAAGCAGAGGCAGAAGUUUGUUGACGCGAUCUCGAAGUACAACCAGAAAUUGUGCUUUGUCCUGUAUGUUGUGGGGGUUGCUUGGUUUCUAGCUCUGGCAUACGAACCACUCAACGCACACACAUACUUCUCAGAAAAUGCUCUUCUACCAGGUUUAGUUGAGAAUGAGUUUUAUGCAGCAACUGAAUUACAUGACUUCAACCAUGUUUUGUUGAGAGAAAUGAAGAAAGACAAAAAGAUAGUACCAAAAGGCUGGAUUCUGAAGCAGUUUCAACAUCUGGGCCUUGAUGUCUAUCGACAGAACGUAUCAUUAAUUUACCCAUUUGCAGCUUAUGAUAGACAGCCGAUCUCGAGUGAAAACAUCUAUGCUAUUCUUCGGGCACGGCGAGGUGCUGGGACCGAGGCUGUUGUGAUGUCAUCACCGCUACGCCCUCUUGUGGCAGAUGCCCAUGAACAAACUGGCGGUGGAAUUGCCAUCAUGUGGACACUAGCAAAGCACUUCAAGUCAAAGCCAUAUUUAGCUAAAGACAUUAUAUUCUUAAUGACGGAGUUUGAUGAAGUUGGCGUACAGGCCUGGCUAGAUGGAUAUCAUCAAGUGACAUCUGAACAUAUAAUAGCUGGACAUUUGUUGGGUCGUAGUGGACAAAUACAGGCGGCCAUAAAUCUGGAAAUUCCUUCAAAGGAUUUCAAUUACAUGGACUUGAAAGUGACCGGUUUGAAUGGACAGCUGCCCAACCUUGACCUUGUCAAUUUAGCUGUUCGACUGUGUCGCAAGGAAGGCGUUAAUGUCGCUUUGAACAACAGGCUUGACUCUGGUUUCAACCCUGAAUCCUUGGAUGGUUUCACCCACUCCUUGGUGACUAUGCUGAACAUGAUGUGGAACCAGGCUAGUGGCUCCCCUACUGCCAACCAUGGACUCUUCCAUCGGUUUCAUAUAGAAUCUCUGACUUUCACCGCAGUGGCGAAGGAUUUGCACAGAUCUCACAGUCUCGACUCGGCGGCUAGGAUUAUCGAGGGUGUUUUCCGCAGUCUGAAUAACCUGUUGGAGCGGUUCCACCAGUCGUUCUUCUUCUACAUCCUGCCUGCGACAAUGCGCUACGUGUCUAUUGGACUCUACAUGCCACCGUUUGCACUGAUUGUAGCAGCUGCACUCAUCAAAGCUGUUGCCUUGUGGAUAGGAAUGGAUUCUGGGAAAAAGACAGAAAAUAUUCCAGACAAGACAGAAAAAUCUCCUGACAAGGCUGAAGACAUUCCAGACAAGACAGAAAAAUCUCCUGACAAGGCAGAAGACAAGACAGAGGAAAUGUCGGAGAAGACGAAAGAAUCUGAUAAAAGUACUAAAAAAGAAAGAAAAUCCAGUGUCAAUGAAGGAGAGAAGGAUGAAACACAUGAAGUGGAUACGAGUGCUGAUUCUGACAUGGAACAUGAAGAUUUACCUCCACCGACCGGCUUCAUGUCUAUUCUGCCGGUAUUGUCGAUCUGCCUCCUGCUUGGUUUCAUGGCUUACAUCGGACCGUCGUACCUGUCGCGAUUCUCAACCCCGUUCAGAAUGAAGAUGGAAGACUCUUUCAUGUUCGGGCUGCUUGCAUUGUUCUGUGCAUCUCUGGCUUACCCCAGAAUGAUCAAACGGAAAUCUGAUGACACUGAGAGGUUUUCUGUUGACUGGCAGCUGUUGAAAUGUGUGGCCUUGAUUUACCUCGCACUUCUCCUCUUCUCCAUCUCUCUGAUGAACAUAUCGCUGGCGUUCUUUCUCGCUGUAACCAUGGUACCAGUGUCUGCACUGGUGGGUCCUACCAGUAACAGAUUUUCAUUCCUGCUUCAGAAGCUGCUGCUAUUGUUGAUGUCUCCUCUCUCUCUAAUGUUUGCCGCUGCGGUUGUGACGCUGACCCUGAGCAGCGAGGACUACGACGGCGUUAUCGACCUCAUGCUCAAGUCGUGGACCAUCCUCAAACAGAUGCUUGUCAUGAGAUUGCUAGAUCAGUGCUUCUUCGGGAGCUGGACGUACACCGUGCUCAGCUUCAACAUCUUCCCGUGCUGGCUGCUCUUCUGGGGACUUCCCAACUGUCACGUGUCAUGAAUCAACAUUCUCUUCUGGGGACUUCCCAACUGUCACGUGUCAUGAAUCAACAAUCUCUUCUGGGGAAUUCCCAACUGUCACGUGUCGUGAAUCAACAGCCGUUCUGGGGAAUUCCUAACUAACUUUUGUCAUGAAUGAACAAUCUAUUCUGGGGAAUUCCCACCUGUCACGUGUCAUGAAUCAACGGCCGUUCUGGGGAAUUCCCACCUAACUUUUGUCAUGAAUCAACAGCUGUUCUGGAGAAUUCCCAACUGUCCCGUGUCAUGAAUCAACAAUCUGUUCUGGGGAAUUCCCAACUGUCACGUGUCAUGAAUCAACAGCCGUUCUGGGGAAUUCCUAACUAACGUUUGUCAUGAAUCAACAGCCGUUCUGGGGGAUUCCUAACUAACGUUUGUCAUGAAUCAACAAUCUGUGCUGGGGAAUUCCUGACUAAUUUGUAUCAUGAAUGAACCAUUUGUCCUGGGGAUUUCCUAACCGCCUUGUGUCUUGAUUUAACAAUCAAUCUGAGGAAUUCCUGACUUUUAAUAUCUUGAAUGAACCAUCUGUUCUAAGGGUUUCCAGUUGUCCUGUAUCUUGAAUGAAUAUUCUGUUGGGAGAGGUAGGGGGUGGGGGAGCAAACUGCCAUUGAUCACGAGUAUGGCAGAUUUUCAUGUCUUGGAUCAUGAAAGAACAAUCACUUCUGAGGAAUAACCAGUUUAUCAUCAAUCUUAUGGUGUGUGCUGGGGGUUAGGGUGUCCCAAUCGUCGAAUGAACAAACUGUACUAGAAGAUUCCAUCCAUCGUUUAUCAUGAAUCCAAAAUUUGUUGUGGGGAAUUCCCAGCUACUUUUGUAUCAUUAUUACAGUGUGUACUACUACAUAACGGCCAUCAAAACAAAUCACAAACGAUCGUUUAGUGCUAUGUUUACUGUUGUCACAUACUUUAUUCAUGGUUAAGCAUCUAAUUCUUGACUCGUCCCAGCAUUUUUUACUUCUAGAUGUAUCACUUUGCAGGGUCAAGAAAAUAAUGGAACAACUUUUGAGUAGCAUUAAAAUAUAGAAUUCUGGCAAAUCCAGUGCCCAGAUUUUUGAAGCUAUCUUCACACUAUGAUAUUGUAAAACUGUCUUAGGCUAUGGCAUGCGUCGUAGUUACAUCAUAGGUUACGAUGGUGUUACGUUAUCGUAGUGCUAAGAUGGCUUCGAAAAUCUGGCCCCAGGUUCUCAAUCCCUGAUAUUUGCAAUUUUUGACAUGUUUGUUUAAAUGAAAUUUGUGAACUAGAAUCUUCUCUUGUUGAUAGUUGACACAUAUUGUAGAUCCUGAAAUUAAUGAGAUCUUAAUAUUAAUGGGAAAAAUGCUAGUUUGUGUUAUUUGCAUUAAUAAUAUUAUGCAUUUAUUUCUCUGUUAUUAAAAAUUUAUUAAAAUUCUAAUAUAUUCAUAAAAAUGGAACUGGAAAACAAUUCAUUGUAGGCAAGACAGACUAAUUUUCGAAUAGACCAUCAAGUUAUGUGUCACAUGCUAUUAAAACAAAGAUUACAAUUCUAAUUCAUUUUUAAAACUGGAGCACAAUUAAUCGUAGACGAGACAGACUAAUUGUGCAAUAGUCCAGCAAGAUGCCAGCCACGUGUGAUGAUUGCAGGGUCUUUGGCCUCCCUGUCAAAAGCCGACAAGAUCCAAUGCGGGUGAAUGGGUUUUGGCACACUAAUAUUGUGGUCAACCCUUUCUGUGUCUUUCAGUCCAGGAACAUUUAAUUUAGAGUUUAACCCAGAAAUAAAUAGUACAGAGCUGAAUUUUUCAGAAUAAAUGCAGAACAUCAUUAGUAAUAUCAUAUCAAAAGUCCCCAAGUUUCCGAGGUGUGCUAACUUACUGCAGUUUACGCAUGUAAUCCAUUUUUGUUAUCUACCUUAGGGAGAUCAUCAAAGGGAGGCCACUCGCAUUAACUUCAUGUCACAUUUUAGUGUGCCCACCGUCACGCGCAUUAACUUAGGGACGCGUUAAUUUCAGGAUCUACAGUAAUUAAAAAAAUAUAUAGUUAUAGUUACAUUCCACAUGGUAUCAUACAUACAGGUUUCUACUUUUGAUAUUUAAAACUGCAUCAAGAAUCUAAUGUUUAUUUUUUUUUUUUGACUUUUACUGCGGAGAGUUUUGUAGAAUUUAAUUCUUUCAAAGUUUUCUGUUUGUGACGAUAAUAGUACAUUACUAUUGAAGUUUGUUGUAUGUGUAUGUAUGAAAGACAUUCUGUUGUUGUUUUUUCACUUGUUAGCAAAUUGUUUUUGCUAUAGGCCUACGUUCAUUUGCAAUGUUCUUUAUUACUGGUCAUUAUAAUAUUUCAUCUUGAUCGUUUAAAUUGUGAAAUAAAAAUAUCACUGUGCUUCUAAGCAGAA